UCGGGGAAAGGAUUUUCGGGAGGGACAUGCGGGUGGGUUUCGGGGAUGGGAGGCCAUGCCGCUACUUUUGAUCCACGCGCGUGUGAGCUGCUUCAGCCAAAACAGGUGCUCUCUCCAUUUUUCAUCUCUUCCAUACUCAAACCCUAGCAGCUCCACCUCUCUCUCCCUCACACAAGCAAACUCCAUCUGAAAGCCGAAGAAUCCAAAGGCACAACAGGGAUUGUGGACUACACAAACUUAGAAGAUAUGAAGUAUGCGAUCAAAAAGCUUGAUGGCUCUGAGUUCCGAAAUGCUUUUGACCGCCAAUCUGUUCGCGUUGGUCAAGGACAUGAGGAGAAGAGCACUUUGGAAAUGGUAAGGUGCACAAAUAUGGGAAAAGCACGACAGGGGAAAGCUGGGAUAUUGUUGUGGAUGAGGAGACCUAUUACGAGGCUGAGCCGCAUUACGGGUGGGCAGAUGUCGUUGGUGACUCUAGCCAAUUGCUGUCAAUUAAACCUCGAGAAAGGCCACCUGGCUUCUACCCCGCUCUUGAUUUUGGAUCAUCAUCGCCUUCAAUUGAUGAACCACCAGAUGAAUUUUCUCCAAUAUCGUGCGGCUCAAAGGAUUUUGCUGGUUCAUGAGUUUCUCUGUCUUGAUUAUACUUAUCAUCAGUGUUGAAGAGUAAACGUGGAGAUGCAAGGAGGUUGAGAAGGAUCCGAACAAGCUUAAGAGGCCUGCAAGUACCUUAUUCGUUGUCAUGUACGUUUUGUUUUUCCAAUGAUUUAAUUUUUGUAAUUUUAUAUUUAUGAAUUUUUCGUUCAAUUUUAUCUGGGGAGGAUGUUUUUGUCUAAAUUUUUUUAAGAUUUAUAUUCCACUUUGUUUCGAUUUUUUGACCUCUUGGUGUUUCAAAGACACAACCCACAUAUUAAUAACAUUAUCACCCUUAACUGUUAAUUUUGUUAUUGUUUUCAAUUAUUCUAGAUAAAAUUUGAGGCCAAAGUUCGCUUUUUUCAGUUUUUGCUGCUGCUCCCCUGCCUUCAGUAAUGAACUCUUCUUCUCGAAAUAUCUCUUCUUCUGAUUGUAUAAUGGUUUUCAAUUGGAUUCUCUCUGUUGGUUCUGUGUUAGAAGUUGGAAAAUAUAUAUGUUGCUUUUACAGUUCGAUUAACAAUUCUUAAUUAGAAUUGGCCGAUUCUUUUACUAAGCAUUCGUUUGUACUCAUAUUUCUAACGUUAGAGAUUAUUCUAAUUUAAGAUGGAAAUUGAUGUUAUGAAGAA